CUGCGACGCUGCGAACAUGGCGACCGCCAGUGGGUGCAGGUGUGUUCUCAGUGCGUUGCAACAGUUGCGAGGGUUUCCUUGGCGAAGCCUGGGCGCAGCGUAUUACUCGAUUGCGGGGACAGUGAGCGAUGGCCGAAACAAAGGUGCAACAGUACGAGGGGGAAGGUCCUUUCCUCAUGAAAGAACCUGGAGAGAGGGAAUUCCCAGGACUGAAAAGAUGGAGGUUGAUCAGGACUGGACCAGUGUCUACCCAGCUGCAGCUGCUUUCAAACCUUCCACUGUGCCCCUCCCAAUUCGGAUGGGCUACCCAGUAAAAAGAGGUGUACCACCAGGAAAGGAAGGCAACCUGGAACUUUUAAAGAUCCCCAAUUUCUUGCAUCUGACACCAAUUGCCAUCAAGAAGCACUGUGCUGCUCUUAAAGAGUUCUGCACGGAGUGGCCAGUUCUCCUGGAUAACGAUGAGAAGUGUGUACAGCACUUCCCCAUUGAAGUUGACACAGUAGACUACAUCUCAGCAGGCCCAUCUAUUCGUAAUCCUAAAGCAAGAGUGGUGACCCUAAGAGUUAAGCUUUCAAGCCUCAACUUGGAUGACCAUGCAAAGAAGAAACUCAUUAAACUUGUAGGAGAGAGGUACUGCAAGGGCAUAGAUACCCUUACCAUUACAACAGACAGGUGUCCUUUAAGGAGGCAAAACUAUGACUAUGGAAUGUACCUUCUGACAGUUUUGUUCCAUGAAUCAUGGAAAACAGAACAGUGGGAAAAAGAAAAGACUGAGGCCGACAUGGAGGAAUAUCUCUGGGAGAACAGUGCUUCUGAGAAGAAUGCUUUGGAUACACUACUUCGCAUUGGAGCAGCUGAAAAUGCUAAAGAAGCCAAUAGAGAUGAGCUUCUUGCCUCAGAUGUAAUUCUCGCCUACAGAAAGUCAGUGGUUAUACUGAAAAAUGAAGGCGAAACAGAGAAGAACCUUUCUGAAUAUAAGAACUCUGUCAAGAGACUACUAAAAAUGAAUGGAUCAUAGUGAAAAGAACUGUUUAAUGCACAGAUGUGCAUGUACAUAAUAUAAUUCAUGACAGUGUCCUGUUUAAAUUUGAAAUGACAAACUUUCUGUUCUCAGAUUCUUGUAUAAAUUACUCUGUUGUUCCAGUAAACUGCAUUCAUUCAAAAUAAACAUAGGGUAUCUCAGGAAA